UUAGAACGCCUAAAGAAGAAAGUUCAGCUAGCCAGCCUAGGAACCUUUGCAUUCUGAUGAUGUAUUUGGAGGAAGGUAUUUUCAUCCCUCACAUUGUGCUUCCGGCACUUUCUCACCAUGGCGAUGACUUUGAAUCGAGGGAAUAUCGCGGGGAUGCUGCGGCUUCUCCGGACCGCUGGAGCGCAUUUAUCACGAGCCACGCCGAAAUGUGGUUUGGUUCCUGUACUGACCCGUUUUCAAAGCUCGGCAAGCAACAUUUUUCCUGCAAGUUAUGUACCACCGACAUCACUAUCCAGACCGCCGUGGCCUGAACUACCAGUGCUUGAUCCUGAAGAAGAUGGACAAAAGCAUCAAGUGAUUGUACAAAAGGUAAAGAGCCUGAUUGAGAAGGGAGAGUACGGACGCUUGUUUGCUGUAGUUCAUUUUGCUGGCCGUCAGUGGAAGGUGACCAAUGAAGACCUGAUUCUCAUAGAAAACCACAUUGAUGCAGCAUGUGGCGACAGGAUAAGACUGGAAAAGGUGUUAUUAGUUGGAGGAAAUGAUUUCACUCUUAUUGGAAAGCCAAUUCUUGGCUGUGAUUUAGUACAAGUUCACGCUACAGUCAUUGAGAAGACUGAGUCUUGGCCGAUGGUUCACAUGAGAUUCUGGAAGAGGCAUCGAUUCCAAAGAAAGAGAAUAAUUAUUCAACCCCAGACUGUACUUAGGAUCAACACCAUUGAUGUUUCACCAAGACUGUUUUAACCUAUUGCAUUUGCAAAAACGUGCCAUUUCUGUGAAUCAGGAAUGAUUGUUCAGGUUUCAUGUUUAAGACCAUGUAAAUAGUUUUCAAAUUGUCUUUGUUUUUCUUCAGAAAUUGACCAUUUUGGCUUGAGCAGAUUGUAUAUAACUGUCUGUUGUAUGUCACAAUAAAUGGUUCUUUGUUUGUCA